AGUAGUGGAGAGCAGAACAAAAAAAAAAAAAAGUCACUCUCUUUCUCUUUCAGCGGAUCUCUCUGUCUCCAUUGUGCUUCAAUUAUUCUUUUUGAUUCCGUUUUUCUCUUCCCAUUUUUGAUUCCAGUCAGAACUUUGAUUUUCCGGCGGGAGCUGAUGCCGCCGGAUUUUUAAACUGUUUUGCAAUACGAAGAAGAUUUCAAAGGAAAAGGAAAAAUGUCAGUAUACGACGCCGCAUUUGUUAACACGGAGCUAUCAAAGCCUACGUCGAUUUUCGGGUUGAGGUUAUGGGUAGUGAUCGGGAUUCUUCUUGGCUCACUCAUAGUCUUGACUCUGUUUCUUCUCUCACUUUGCCUCACAGCUCGUCGCAAAUCUCGCAGACACCAGCACGUGGAUCCCACGCCACCAAUCUCCAAAGAGAUCCAAGAAAUAGUCCAUCACCCGCCCGCACCCGAUCACCACCAUGUCGCCCCUCCGGUGCCGGAGAUUCAAGUGGACCUGGGAAAAGUGGAGCACAGGGUGGUGUUCUCGAGUGGGGAGAGUAGAGGGCCGACGAGUGCGGGGGCGAGUGUGAGUGAGACGGCGUCGUUCGGGAGUGGAAGUGUGGGGCCGGAAGUGUCUCACCUUGGGUGGGGAAGGUGGUACACUUUGAGGGAAUUGGAAUUAGCUACGAAUGGAUUGUGUGAAGAGAAUGUGAUUGGUGAAGGUGGCUACGGAAUUGUUUAUCGUGGCGUUUUAACUGAUGGAACUAAAGUUGCUGUUAAAAAUUUGCUUAAUAACAGGGGUCAAGCUGAGAAGGAAUUUAAGGUGGAGGUGGAAGCAAUUGGGCGUGUACGACACAAGAACCUUGUAAGAUUGCAUGGAUAUUGUGUUGAAGGGGCAUAUAGGAUGCUUGUAUAUGAAUAUGUUGACAAUGGCAAUUUGGAACAGUGGCUCCAUGGGGAUGUUGGGGAUGUCAGUCCUCUUACAUGGGAUAUUCGUAUGAAUAUCAUUUUGGGAACAGCAAAAGGUUUGGCUUACCUUCAUGAGGGUCUUGAACCAAAGGUCGUCCAUCGGGAUGUAAAAUCUAGCAACAUCCUAAUUGACCGCCAAUGGAACCCCAAGGUUUCCGAUUUUGGGCUUGCUAAACUCUUGUGUUCUGAAAGGAGUUAUGUGACAACUCGAGUGAUGGGGACAUUUGGCUAUGUUGCUCCAGAAUAUGCUUGCACUGGAAUGCUUAAUGAGAAGAGUGAUGUCUAUAGCUUUGGUAUACUUAUUAUGGAGAUCAUUUCUGGGAGAAGCCCUGUUGACUAUAGCCGACCACAAGGAGAGGUGAAUUUGGUGGACUGGUUAAAAACCAUGGUUGGUAACCGAAAAUCUGAGGAAGUAGUUGAUCCUAAGCUGCCUGAGAUGCCUGCUUCAAAAGCACUUAAACGUGUAUUAUUGGUUGCUCUUCGAUGUGUUGAUCCUGAUGCAACAAAGAGGCCAAAAAUGGGGCAUGUUAUCCACAUGCUUGAGGCUGAUGAUCUGCUGUUCCGUGAUGAACGUCGGGUUGCAAGAGAAGCGUCCAAUUCACAUUCUGAUGAUCAGCAAACAAAUCGCAAUGCUACAAAAUUAGGUGAUAGACGAUUUGAUGGGGCCUCUGCUUCUGAUACAAGUGAAGGUGAUACCGGGAGGAACCAUCACCAGCCAACUAGGUGGAGAUAGCGCUAUCAACAUUAGGUGACUAACAAACUGAAGCCUCUCUUAAGUUUUUGAAGCCUUUUUUUUUUUUCCUAUUAGUUCCCGAGUAUUUUGUUGUAUCUCCAAUUCUGAGAAACAAUAAUCUGCAUUUAUUCUAUGUUUGAUUUACAUUUUUUUCCCAUAUAUAAUAUACAGUAUGCAUUUGUAUAAAUGGAAGAAUUCAUAAUUCUUAUACCAAUUGUAAUUGAUUGUCUUC